AGAGGCUCUCAAGGACAGGUUGUCUCUCUAUCCUUUCAGUUCCUUGCUUCGUCUCUACUCCUAAUCCUGAUUAAUGCCUUGCCUCCUUUUCGUAGUCUCCUGCUGAAGCUUUCUGAAAUCACUACAUCACCAUUUGUUUCUAUCACUCACUUUGGGGGCAUUAAGCUCUUCCAGCUUGCAGGGCUGGAGUCUUCAUUGAGGCGCUUGCUUCGCCACAGGCAGCAAUGGUGCUGGCAAACAGUGAUGCAGCUGGACCAAGCUCUAGCCAGGAUGAUUCGGCAGCCACCAUGAAGAAGCGCAACAGGCCUCAGUAUCAUCCGUUUACUCAGCAGCAGCUUCCAGCUUGCAAGCCUAUACUUGCGCCUAAGACAGUUAUUCCUGUACUUUUGUUUGUGGGCAUAAUUUUUAUCCCAAUUGGCCUUGGUUGCAUUGCAGCAUCAAAUAGGGUUGUUGAAGUGGUCUAUCAAUAUGAAACUUCAUGUGUACCAGGAUACAUGCUUGACAACAAAGUUGCUUAUAUCCAGAAUCCUUCUAUAGAUAAGACCUGCAGAAGGAUUCUCAAGGUUCCUAAGGAUAUGAAGCAGCCAAUCUACAUAUAUUAUCAACUCGACAAGUUUUACCAGAACCAUCGAAGGUAUGUGACGAGCCGUAACGAUAAGCAGCUGAGAAGUCCUGAGGAGGUCAACACCACACAGUAUUGCAAACCUGAAGCUACUCACCAUGGAAACCCAGUUGUCCCCUGCGGGCUCGUAGCUUGGAGCUUGUUCAACGACACGUACAGCUUCACUCGUGGCAAUGAGGUGCUGAUGGUUAACAAGCGAGGCAUUUCGUGGAGGAGCGAAAGGGGGGACAUUUUUGGGAAGCGAGUGUUUCCGAGGAAUUUCCAGAAUGGCACUCUGAUUGGUGGUGGGACGCUCGAUCCAAGAAUACCUCUGAGCAGGCAGGAAGAUCUGAUCGUCUGGAUGCGAACCGCGGCGCUGCCAACGUUCCGGAAGCUGUACGGGAGGAUCGAGGUGGACCUCCACGUCGACGAGCUGAUCACGGUGACGCUGCAGAACAACUACAACACGUACAGCUUCGGCGGGAAGAAGGCGCUGGUGCUGUCGACCGCCGGCGUGCUGGGGGGCAAGAACGGGUUCCUCGGCCGCGGGUACGUGGUCGUCGGCCUCGCCUGCCUCGCGCUGGCGGCGCUCCUGACGCUGCUCUGCCUCGUCUUCCCACUGAGAGAGGAGCAUCUUGCGCUGCGGUACCCUCUGACCCGGCCUGCACGAUGACCACGCGUGCCUAGAUGGAGAAGAUCGUGUUCAGAUUAUAUUGAAGCCGUUUCUUUUUCAGGCUUGGGUUCGGUUGGUGAUUUUCUUGCUAGGAUCGAACGAACAGCGAUAGAGCUGCGUCGUGUGUGUAUAUACUGUACAUCCGACAGAUUGCAGCGCUGCAUUUGCAUGCCAUUGCCGUGCGUGAAAAUGGUUUGGUUCCCGUAAAUUCAGACAUGUUGGUUGGGCAGUUGGCUGCUUAUACAGAAUUCAGACUGAGGAGAUACAAAAUGCACCAAGCAGUAAUGCAGUA